AUGAUGGCUUCAAGAACUGCCAUUAGGUCGGCACGUGUGCUGAAAGCACCAGCAAGGGCCCCAAUUUGCUCCAAUGCCCGCCAAAUCAGACUACAAUCGACUUUGACGCCACAACAAUCCUCGCAAGUGGCAUCGAACGUCGGGGGUGGUGCUGGCAGUGGAGUCGUUGCCGGAAUCGCAGGCGGCGCCCUUGUCUUUUCUCUCGGAUACGGAUACUACCAUUACAGUGGCGCAAAGACCAUUGUCGAUGGCGCCGCAGCAACCAAGAGGCAGUUCCGAAACAUCACAUCCUCCAUGAAAGACUCGGCUCCUGAGCCGAACGAGUUAUUAAAAUGGUUCCGUAGCACCGUUACCUCAUACGCCGCGUUUAUCCCCGGGGCCAAGUCCUACGUUGACGCGGCUUUCAACGAUCUCGAUAAAAUUGAGCAGAAGCACCGCGGCAAGGUCGACGAGAUUAUCCGCGAUGCUUACUCCGAUAUGAGGGAAGCAACCAAGGGCGGGUUGACCAUCGAGACCGCGCACAAGACCUGGGAAAUCCUCCAGAAGCACCUCAGCAAGGUGACUGAGCUUGCCAGCGAAGCAUCGGGCGAGAUCUUGGAUAACCACCCUCACCUCAAGGAGAAGGUUGGCGGCAGCAUCGAUCAGCUAAAGCAAAUGGCCGACUCUUACGGACCGGAAGCUAAGGAGCAGGUGAACAAGACAUACGAUCAGAUUAAGGAUAUUCUCAAGAAUAGUAGCGGCACAGACGCGGCGGACAAGAUCCGCAAGGUUGUUGAGGAGAACAUUGAGAAGCUCAAGGGAAUGGGCGACCAGGCGUGGAAGAAGGGCCUUGAGAAGGCACAGCCUUACCUUGAUAAGAACCCCGAGAUCAAGAAGGUCAUUGAGGAGAACUCGGAUGCGCUUAAGCAGGCGAACUUCUCGGAGCUGUUUGAGAAGAUCAAGAACGGCGAUGUUAGCGAUCUGAAGGAGUAUGCGAAGAAGGCUGGUGAGAAGGUGAAUAGCCCGGGCGUGGGGAAGAACAUUCAGGAGUAUAUCAACUUGAUUCCUGGCGGUCAAGAGAUCGUGCCGAAGUUGCACAAGCUACAUGAGGCGGUGAAGAAGCAUGGUGGAGAGGCGGACAAGAUUGCCAAGGAGGCGUAUAAGGAGAUUGCAGAGAUCCUGUCGAAGAAGGCUGAUGAGGUUGAGGAUCUUGCGAGUAAGGCAGCGAAUGAUGCUAAGAAGUAA